AUGGAUUUAAAUAAAAACAAUGAUAGAAAUAAUAUAAAUUUGGGUGAAUUACAAGUUGAGUCUUCCUCUAAAGAGGAAGCAAUUAGAGUUUGCACUCGUAUAAGGCCUCUAUUUGAAAAAGAAGUUAAUAGAGGACACUUAAAAGCUUGGAAAAUGAAUAAAACUGAUAUGCAUUUAAUAGUUGAACCACCUUCUAUGACAGAAAUGUUAAAUGCAAGAGAUCCCAAAAAAGGAAAUAAAAAAGAAUUUAAAAAAAAUGUGGAAAAAACGGAGGGACAAAAAGCUGUAAUACAACGCUAUUAUGCUUUUGAUAGAUGUUUUGAUGAUUUUGUUGGCAAUGAGGAAGUAUACAAACAUCUAGCAAGAGAUAUUAUACUUGAUACAUUUAAAGGUAUAAAUGGCUGUAUUCUUGCAUAUGGUCAAACAGGAUCGGGAAAGACACAUAGUGUUAUGGGUGUUCCUUCUGACCCAGGUAUGUUACCUAGAUCAUUGGCAGAAUUUUUUAAUGGUAUUGAAAAUCCGUCAACAUUAAAUGAAGAUAAUGCAAGUAUCAAGAGUGGUAAUUCCAAUAAUAACACAAAAGAAUUUUUAAUGAGUGUGACAUAUUUGGAAGUUUAUAUGGAACGAGUAAAUGAUUUACUACAAGAAGGAUACAGAGGAGUAGCCGAGAACUUAGAUGUAAAAGAGGAUCCAAAAAGAGGAUUUGUUGUUAUAGGAAUCCAGGAAGAAACUGUAACAUCAAUAGAUGAAGUUAUGCUUCUAGUUGCGAAGGCUGAACAGAGAAGACAUAUCGCUCAAACAAACUUUAAUGAAACAUCUUCUAGAUCACAUACAAUUUUUACUGUUAUUUUAGAAUCUAAUCAAGUUUUAAAUGAUGGCACUUCUAUAAAUAAAAGAGGUGAACUAAAAAUAGUAGAUCUAGCAGGUAACGAAAGAGCUGGGAGGGCUUCUGAAGGGAUAGAAAAUGCAAAAACUGUUUUGGAAGAAGGUAAAGCAAUAAAUAAAAGUUUAUUUGUAUUAAGCGAAGUUAUUUCAAAAUUAUCUAAAAGAGCUCAAGCUAUAGCAUUUGGUGACGAAAAAAAAAUUAAAAAAAUUCAAGAAGAUUUAGUUUUCAUUCCAUGGAGAGAUUCAAAAUUAACAAGAAUUUUAAGUAAAAGUUUAGGGGGAAAUUGCCGAGCAUCAGUUAUUGUUGCUGUUCAUCCUUCUCAUUUAUAUUUGGAUACAUCUUUUUCGACUUUACGCUUUGCUUUAAAAUGCAAAACAAUAAAAAAAAAAAUAGAGGUGAAUUAUUUAUCUCCAGAACAAUCUGUUAUUAUGCAACAAAAAGAAUUAAUAGCUAAAUUACAAAAUCAAUUAAAGCAUCUAGCAACAUCUAAAAAUGCUGAUGUGCAACUUCUUGGAAGUGAUAAAAAAUAUAUCCCUAGAAGACCAGAAGAUGAUGAAAAAAUAAUGGCUUUAAAAAAUGAAUUAGAGGAAAAAGUUAAAAAAUUUCAGAAUUUUAUCUUAAAAUCCGAGUUUCAUGUAAACUCAAGCAAUUAUAGAACACUCAGAUCAAUGGAUGCAAACACUGAAAAAUCACUAAAAUAUUCAAUGACUAUUUCUCCCAAUAUGAAAAAUGAACUUAAUUGGCUAAGGUCUUUUGACACACAUGAAUAUGAUACUAAAUGGGAUGGAAUAGAAAAGUAUGAAGAUCAUAAUGUUCAAGAAAAACUCAAUAUAUCAAAAGCUAUGGAUUACCUGAAAAAUAAGUCCCCAUAUAAAUUAAAUUCUUCAGAAAUUAGCGAUGUUUUAUCAAGUGAUUUUCAAAAAGAUGAUUCCAUUUCAUUGAAUUAUUAUAAUGAAUUGGAUGAAUUAGAAAAAUUAGAAAAAAUUGAAUUAAAUAAAAAACAAAAAAAGGAAAAAGGAGACAUAAAUAAUAAAAUGUCUAAUAAAGAAUUUGAUGAGUUAAGUAAGUUAAGUUUUGUGAAAAAUUCUCAUUUAAAUGAAAACAAAGAUGUUGAGUUUAAAGGAAAAGAGUUUAACAAAAUCAAGAAGAAAAAAGUUAAAAGAAACAAUUAUUUUUAUAAUAAAGAUACCGAAGCAUUUAAGAAAUAUGACAAAUUAAAAAUGAAAAAUAAAUCUACUAAAUUAAAAAAAAAAAAAAAUAAUAAAUAUAAAAAAGAAACUCUUGACAAACAUAUUAUGCAAAAAAAAAUAGAAGAAGAAACGGAUCAUGUAUCUUUAUCUACUUAUAAAGAUGAAGACAGUAUAGUAAAAGAAGCUGACAAAAAACCAUAUGAUACUAACUUUCCAGAGAUUGAUUCUGCAAAUUUAUCUCAACCGAAAGAACAAGAUAAUAAUAAAAAACGAACAUCUAUAAUUUCAAACCUUAAAGAAAAAAUUGAAGAUGAUUUAAAAAAAAAAAAAAAGAUUAUUAGUAGAAAUGUGGAACUUAAUAAACAAAUAAAAUUUAUUAUGAAAUUAAUGCAGAAGGUAGGAUUAUCUGCAAUUUUAACUGGAACUGUUCCUCCUGGUAGAAAUAUAGAAAAUGUUUUAAAAUUACAAGAAAACUUAAAAGAUGACUUAAAGUUGUACGAAAAUAAGAUAUUACUUGAUAUGCCGAAUGGAAAAACUAAUAAUGAAGAUAUUAGCAAUGAUUAUUCAAAAAAUGGCAAUAAUAUUGAAUCUUUAUUAAAUUAUACAUUAGGUGAAGGAAAUGAAGCGGAAUAUGCUGAAACUUUAUCACAUAUUUUUAUAAAUGAGAUGUUUUUUACUUUUAUACUUAGAAUACAACAAAAAAAUUCUAAUGAUGAAUCUUUAAAAAACAUAGGUGAUUUACUAAAAAAUGAAGAUAAUUCUUAUGAUUUAUCUAAAAAAGCAUUAGAAGAUAUUCUAGGAUGUUCAAUUUCAAAUAAAGUAGAUAAACUUGAAGAAAUAAAUCCCAUAAAAAGCAUAAAAGAUGAAAAAAGCAAAAAAGUAAUCGAUUCAAUUUUAAAUAUGCUCACACCUUGGGAACAAAAAAUUUUAGCACUACUAUAUGAACAACAAAAAAUGAGACAAAAUAUUCAGAAGAUGAAAGAAAAAUUUUCACAGCGCAUCCAAAAUAUUAAUGUUUUUAUCAAAAAAAUAUUAAUUGACAAGAUUGAAGUUGAAAAGCAUCUUAAUCGAGUCUUAAAAACAAUAGAAGAGUAUAAAAACGACUUGAUAAAAACAUCUGAUGUUGAUUCUAAUUUUAAAUUUGCUGGUUUAAUGAAAAAACUUGAAGAAAUGUCCAUUUUAUUGGCAGAAAAAACUAGAGACUUCAAUGUGCUGGCUGAUUUUCAUUUAAAUUUAAGGAAAUCAGUUGAACAGAAGGACAAUUUAAUUAAAGAAUUACAAGAAGAAAACAAAUUAUUUUACCUUGUUCCAAAGUACAAUGAAUUACUACAGGAAUUAAAUGAACAAAAUAACGAGGAAGCCAAAGAAUUGAAAAAAGAAUUUCUCUUAAUUUAUGGGCGUUUAAUGUUGGUCAAAAAAAAGUUACAUGAAAAAGAUGUUAUAGAGAAUGAUAUGAGAAAUUUAAACAUAAAAAUAUACACAGAGCUAAUAGAAUCAAUAUCUGUUAUAAAGAAUUUGGAAUCUCAAAAUAAAUUCUUAGAAUUUAAAUUGAAUAUGGAAAAUAAAAGAAAAAUGGAAAAAAUUAAAAAAUUAUUAAAUGAAAAGCAAAGGCUUAACAAAGUAAUAAAUGAAAUGGAAAAAUUGCUUGAAAAUGCAAAUAUAGAUACCAGUGGCUUGAAAGAUGAAAUAUUUGCAAAUUAUAAUUCGUCCAACACUAACACGGAAUGUGAAAACGAUGAAUAUGAAAAAGAACUAAAAGAAGAUGUAGAUAAGAGAAAAAAAAAAACAAAAAAUGAAAAUUUAAAGAAAAAAAAAGAAUUAAAUGAUAAUAUUCAUAAAGAAAAAAUUCAAAAAAAAAAAAAAGCUAAAAAAGAGAAUUUUGUUAACUCCACAGAAAAAAAUGAAAAAAAAAUCAUUAAAAAAGUUGAUUUAAAUUUGAGAAAAAAAAAUAUAAAAAUUCCCACAGAAAAAAAUAAUUUAAAUGAAGAUAAUUUAAAUUUAAAUUCAAAUUUAUCCGAAAAGAAAAGCAAACUAGCAACUAAUAAAAAAAAAACAAUUUUGGAUGAUGAAAUUAAAAAAAAAAACAUCAUAAAAAAAAAAAAAAUAGAUGGUUAUUUAGAAAAAGAAAAAAAUAUAAAUGAACUCAAAUUAAAUAUUAAUGUUAAAAAAAAAAAAAAAGGCUUAACAGGAAAAAAAAUGAAUCUAUUAGAAAAUUUAAAAAAAGAGAGUAAAAAGGAAAAUAUGGAAACUGUAUUGUCAGAAGGUAAUGAAAAUCUUUUAGACAGUAAUGAUAAUUCUGCUACUGACUAUGAAACUAACGAAGUCCGUCACAUACUAAAUAUGGAAAUUGAAAAAAAAGCAACUAGAUGA